GGAGCCUCGGACCGGGCGAGGGGCAGCCAUGGCGGGCAGCCCAGGCAGCGGGGCCUCCCUGGAGGGUAUAUCCCUGGGCUCCUCUGAGGAAGCUGAGCUCCAGAGGGAAGCCAUGCAGCAAGUCCUGGACAACCUGGGAUCCCUCCCCAAUGCCACGGGGGCUGCUGAACUGGAUCUGAUCUUCCUUCGAGGCAUUAUGGAAAGUCCCAUAGUGAGAUCCUUGGCCAAGGCCCACGAGAGGCUAGAGGAGACGAAGCUGGAAGCCGUGCGGGACAACAACCUGGAGCUGGUGCAGGAGAUCCUGCGGGACCUGGCGCAGCUGGCUGAGCAGAGCAGCACCGCAGCUGAGCUGGCACGCAUCCUCCAGGAGCCCCACUUCCAGUCCCUCCUGGAGACACACGACUCUGUGGCCUCAAAGACCUACGAGACGCCACCCCCCAGCCCUGGCCUGGACCCCACGUUCAGCAACCAGCCUGUGCCUCCUGAUGCUGUGCGCAUGGUGGGCAUCCGCAAGACGGCUGGAGAGCAUCUGGGCGUGACAUUCCGUGUGGAGGGUGGUGAGUUGGUGAUUGCACGCAUUCUGCACGGGGGCAUGGUGGCUCAGCAAGGCCUCCUGCACGUGGGCGACAUCAUCAAGGAGGUGAACGGGCAGCCAGUGGGCAGCGACCCCCGUGCCCUGCAGGAGCUCCUGCGCAGCGCCAGCGGCAGUGUCAUCCUCAAGAUCCUGCCCAGCUACCAGGAGCCCCAUCUGCCCCGCCAGGUAUUUGUGAAAUGCCACUUUGACUAUGACCCAGCCCGGGACAGCCUCAUCCCCUGCAAGGAAGCCGGCCUGCGCUUCAGUGCUGGGGACUUGCUUCAGAUUGUAAACCAGGAUGACGCCAACUGGUGGCAGGCGUGCCACGUGGAAGGGGGCAGCGCGGGGCUCAUCCCCAGCCAGCUGCUGGAGGAGAAGCGGAAAGCCUUUGUCAAGCGGGACCUGGAGCUGACACCCAACUCAGGGACCCUUUGCGGCAGCCUUUCAGGAAAGAAAAAGAAGCGAAUGAUGUAUUUGACCACCAAGAAUGCAGAGUUUGACCGCCACGAGUUGCUCAUUUACGAGGAGGUGGCCCGCAUGCCCCCCUUCCGCCGGAAAACCCUGGUGCUGAUUGGGGCUCAGGGUGUGGGCCGGCGCAGCCUGAAAAACAAACUCAUCAUGUGGGAUCCGGAUCGCUACGGCACCACAGUGCCCUACACAUCCCGGAGGCCCAAGGACUCAGAACGGGAAGGUCAGGGUUACAGCUUCGUGUCCCGCGCGGAAAUGGAGGCCGACAUCCGCGCUGGGCGGUACCUGGAACAUGGCGAAUACGAGGGCAACCUGUAUGGCACACGUAUCGACUCCAUCCGGGGCGUGGUCGCUGCUGGCCGGGUGUGUGUGCUGGAUGUCAACCCCCAGGCAGUGAAGGUGCUGAGAACAGCUGAGUUUGUCCCUUACGUGGUGUUCAUCGAGGCCCCCGACUUUGAGACCCUGCGGGCCAUGAACCGGGCUGCACUGGAGAGCGGGGUGUCCACCAAGCAGCUCACGGAGGCAGACCUGAGACGGACAGUGGAGGAGAGCAGCCGCAUCCAGAGGGGCUAUGGGCACUAUUUUGACCUCAGCCUGGUCAACAGCAACCUGGAGAGGACCUUCCGAGAGCUCCAGGCCGCCAUGGAGAAGCUGCGCACGGAGCCCCAGUGGGUGCCCGUCAGCUGGGUGUACUGAGCUUGUUCACUGGACCUCCGCCCUGUGGCUUGUGACCCGGCACCUGGAAUCCAUCCCCUUCCCAAGUGUGACCCUCAGCCAUGAUCCUUAGCUCCCACCCCGGCGCUCUGGCUCUCCCUGGGUAAAGGCCUUAAGUCUGGCUUCAGCGCAGAGGCGUGCACUGCCAGGGAGAUGGGUGUUCGUGGGGUACCUCUGUGCCCAGGUGCUGCCCACUCCCGACGUCCAUUGGCCACCAGAGGUCCCUUCUGAGGGCCAGUCUGUGCCCAGGAGUGUGUCAGUGUCACCUCCAUAAGGCUCAGUCCAGAGAAGAGAAAAGCUGCUUUGGGACCAUGUGAUCAGUAGGCGCGCUGCCCGCUGCCUGCUCCAGUCACUUUUUCUCUCUGGACUGGCCACGCCCACCCCACUCCUAGGCUCCUCCUUCUUCUCCCUGCAGCCGAGGAGCAGACCUUAGGCUGCUCCCCUGUGGUCAGGGGAGUACACGGCCCCCCUGGCAGCCAAGCAAGCCCGGGCGGCGGUGCCCGCCUGGUGCCGUCCCGAAGGCUGGAGGAGCCGAAGCACCAGCUGGUUGCCACAGCCGGGGAGCAGCGCAGCUCUCGGCCCCCUGGGACCGGGGCUGGGUGUUGGUCGUCCCCCAUCCCCAGCUUUUCACUGCCGAAGUCUCUCUCAGACUUCCCUCGCGUGCACUGACAGGCCCGCUCUGCUCCCCCUCAGGCAGACGGGAACUGCGGGCCCGGGCAGCAGAGGGGGGCGGGGGGUGCUUGUAGGCUGAGCCCUGUGACAGGAGCCUACUCCUUCUGAUAGGAGAGCUCCUUGGGGACACAUCUGUCCAUGGUCGUUGUCCAUUUUGGUCUCUCUGGCAGAGUCCGGGUGGCCCACUCGAAGGAGGGCCGCCUGGGAGCUGAGGAAAGGUGAGGACCCGGCCACGGGGUGAGGGCUUGGGGGACAUUUGUGCUCCAGCAGGCUCCUUGCACAACUCCAGGGGGCGCCAUCCCCACUGUAGUCUCUGCAGCACAUGCUGUGAUGCCUGGUCUGUGUUUCUGCCACUGGUGUGUGUGUCGGGCUUAGUGUUUGGAGAGGGGACGCUAAGGCUUGUUUUGCUUUCCAGGUCACUCUUUGGGGGCCCUUUUUGGGGCACCCCAUCAGCCCCCAGUUCUUAUAAGAACCUUACCCCAAAUUCCAGAGACUUGGUGCCCCCUAGAUGUGCCCCCUUCCAGCUUUCCUAUUAUCCCCUGACCCUAAAUGCCACCCUCCAGUCCUUGGAGAGGGCAGUUGUGUAAAAUACAAGAAUCCCUUUUAAGAAAAGAAUGCUGUCUUUGCUGUCCCCAGGCAUCUCAUCUGUCAUCCUUCUCUGUGACCCCUCCUGGGGUGAACCUGUCCUUGUAGGGGACCCCCAACCCUCCACCCCAGCCUGUGUGCUCCCCAGUUCUUCUGAGUGUCUAACCAGUCUUUGCUGCAGUGUCAGCCCGAGCUGGCCCCUGAACCACUGUGUGCCCAUUUCCUAGGGAAGGGGAGGGGGGAGAAACAGAAUAUUUAUUACAAAGUUAGAAAUAUAUUUAUGAUAUUAGGGAUCUCAUUUGCACUUGCCUAAGAUAUGCAAAUGAGAUGCCACGGUCAAGGCCACGCCCAUCUCAUUUGCAUAGCCCUGCAUCCACCAUGCAGUCAUCUUUAUGCUCUUUUCCCUUUUCGUCAAUAUUCUUUUAAUUUCUCCUCAGUUCAGCUCUCCCUUGCUUCGCUCUCAGCCUCAGCCCGAGGGGACCGGGGGCCGGAGGGAAAUGGGAUGUUCGCCUGCUGGCCCAAGGCCACAGUGUCCUUUGUCCGCCCCCUCCUCACCCGGGAGACUUGGGAGCAGAGGCAGCCAUGCUGUCCCUCUGGGUUAACCUCCAAAGCAGCCUGAGCCGAAGACCAUCCUUUUUGAUGAAGAGUGGGGACUGGGCACCUGGCUGGCAAGUUGGCACCUGGCCCUUGAGGAUGAAUCUCCAGACACUAUUCUGGCACCUUCACCUGUGGUGAUGCCCGAGGGGCAGGGUUGGGCCCUUCCUUUCCUGUCAUGCCCCCUCUCUGAACAGCAUCUGACCUGCCCUGCCUCAGCCCCACUCCAGGGACCAGGGCUGGGUUGGAACCGGCCUGUGCCCAGCGCAUUAGCUCUUCCUCCUCCCUCGUCCCUCCUCCCCCUGUGGACGCCUGUGUGAGGGACCUGGAUAAGGGGGAUGCUGCCCCUCCGUCCACACCCAGGCCCAGCCCUGCUGCCCCCCACCCCCCGCAUAUGUCCACUUUAGCUUUCUCUCUGACUGGUUUUCUUUUCCUUUGAUUAAAUGUGAACGCAAAGUU